GUGACGGACGCCGACGAGUCUGUGGCCGAACUUGACUUCUUCAUCACCGGCGGCGACCCUGACGGCCAAUUCCUGGUGCACGCCUCAGGGGAGGUGUACGUGGCCGGUGAGCUGGACCGGGAGAGGCAGGCCGAGUACACCCUCACCGUCACCAUCACCGACGGGAAGUUUACGGCCAACACGACUGUUACUGUGACAGUCAUUGACAUCAACGACAACGGUCCGGUGUGCAAGGAGCCAAUCUACCGCCAGGAGAUCUCCGAGGACGCCACCCCAGGCACCCACGUGGCCUCUGUUGUGUCCUGGGAUGCCGAUGAAGGCACUGCUGCCUGGAGCCGCUACAUUCUCACCGGGGACAGCGCCCACCACUUCAGUAUUGACCAGCUGAAUGGCCACGUGGCCACAGCCACCCAGCUGGACAGAGAGGCACGGGACCACUACCACCUCACUGUUGUGGUGGAGGACUGGGAGCACAAGGCCUGGCAGUGUGAGGUGGUGGUGGAGGUCCUGGUGACGGACACCAACGACAACCCCCCGUCCUUCUCCCUGGCCACCCACGCCGCCACCCUGCUGGAGGACGCGCCCAUCAACACCAUCGUCCUCAAGACGUCUGCCACGGACCCUGACCUCGGCAUCAAUCGACGGCUGCUGUACAACUUUGUGGACUCAGCGGAGGGCCACUUCACCAUUGACGAGAUGGAGGGUGUGGUCAGCCUGGCCCGGCCCCUGGACCGUGAGACAAGGGACUCCUACAGCCUGACAGUGUGCGCCGUGGACCAGGGAAGCCCACCGCUGUCAUCCACCACGCAGCUCAUCGUCACAGUCUCAGAUGUGAAUGAUAAUGCUCCUGAGUUUGUGAGGAAACUCCACGAAACUUCCGUGGCAGAGAACACGGCCGUGGGGACAGAAGUCCUGCGGGUCAUGGCCACCUCAAGGGACAUCGGCAUCAAUGCAGAAAUCUCUUACUCCCUUCAGCACACCACGCUGGAGGAGUACCUGCACAUCCACCCAAAGACUGGUGUGAUAAGCAUUGGCGCCGAGGUGGACUUUGAGCGCGUACAGCAGGUGGUGGUGACAGUAGUGGCCACAGACGGGGGUGUGCCGCCUCUGUCCGCCACGGCCUUGGUCAACCUAACAAUCACUGAUGUGAAUGACAACUCCCCGGUGUUCACGCUGCCCACCUACACCGCCACAGUCAGGGAAGACGCUCUGCAAGGCGCCAGCGUGGUGCAGGUCUCAGCCAGCGACAUGGACCAUGGCGUGAACAGCCUCGUCCGCUACAGCAUCAGGGCGGGAAACGAAGACCACUGCUUCACUAUUGAUGACGACACCGGCAUCAUCACUGUCAUCAAGAAACUGGACAGGGAAAAGGUCACAAAGUACCAGUUGACGCUGGGUGCCAGGGACUUGGGCACACCCAGCAACACUGCCAUGGCUCAGGUCGUGAUCCAGGUGGGCGACGUCAACGACAAUGCACCCAAGUUCACGCAAGACAACUAUACCGUGGUCGUGCAGGAGAACCGAGCUGUGGGCUACUCAGUGAUCCGCCUCAUGGCCACCGAUGCCGACGCUGACCCCAGCGGGGCUCCCUUCACCUGGGAGGUGAUCAACCAGCCUGUUGAGAGUCGUGCCUUCACCCUGGACCAGGAUGGCUCACUGAGGCUGGCCACCAAUAAAUUGAACCACAAGGUCCAGGAUCAGUACGUGGUGCAGGUGCGAGUGUGGGACAGCGGCUCGCCACCACUCCACGCUAACACCCAAGUUACCGUCAGCGUGGUGGAGGAGUCCCGCUUCCCGCCAACACUCUUCCCACUUAAAACCGUGGUCAUCAGUUUCCGGAGUGCCUUUCCCGGAGGCAUCAUUGGGCGGGUCACUGCACUGGACCAGGACCCCUACGACACCCUGCAGUACUCUGUGGCUCCCUACCCAGAGGAAGUCAGCUCCAUCAAGUACUUUGACAUUGACAGUGAAGACGGCACUCUGGUGGCACUGACACCUCUUGAUACCGGUAACUACAGCGUCAACGUCAGUGUGUCGGAUGGCAGGUAUCACCGCUCCGUGCAGGCUUCCAUCAAGGUCUCCGUGGUCACUGAGGAAAUGGUUGAAAAUGCCGUCAUCAUUCGCCUGGGUCCUCUGUCCUCCGAUGAAUUUCUCUCCAGGUAUCAGAAAUAUUUCCUCAAAGCUAUUGCCAUAGAGCUGUCAGUUCAGGAACAUUCUGUGGUCCUGGUCAGCCUGCAGCCAGCCCUCGUACACUCACACUCUUUAGAUAAGAUAGAUUACAUUCCACAGCGAUCCAAAAGAGACAUACAGAGGAGUCUUGACGUUCUGAUAGUUGUGAGGUUAUUUGAAAUCUACAUGACAAGAGAACAUCUGCUGCUGAAGCUAAAAGAAAAACAAGUUGACAUAAAAGAAAAGCUUGGCUUGCCCUUCGUGGACAUCAUGGAGUCCCUUUGUGUGUCUGGCUCAGAGUGCGGCGGCCACGGGGACUGUGUGGACGUGGUGGAAAUCAACGAUGAUGUGGCCAUGCCCUUCAACACACAGCUGUCUAGUCUGGUUGCUCCAAGAUUUACCCAGAAAGUUGGCUGUGUGUGUGACCAAGGGUAUGGAGGCCAGAACUGCACUAAUUUAGUCAAUGCCUGUGGGCACCGACCCUGUGCUGAGUAUGAGGAGUGUGCGCCCACCAACACCAGCAGCCGAGGCUACACGUGCCAGUGCCCUGCCGGCAGAACAGGACCUUCGUGCCGAGUGGACCUGACAAAAUGCCACAGUCCUGCGUGUCACUACCCACUGAGGCCUCUCUCCUUCAGGGGAAAGAGCUAUGCCCAGUACAGCAUAGCUCAGCAAGGUAAGGGCAGCUCACUUAUGCUGAGUGCCUUCAUGCGCACCAGACACCCGGUGGGAACGCUGGUCUUUGCUGCCGGGGACGUGGACUACAGUGUGCUGGAGGUGGCCGGCGGACAUGUGCAGUACCGCUGGGACUGUGGCAGCGGGGAAGGGCUGGUCAGGGUGUCCACGGUGAGGGUCGACAAUGAUGCGUGGCACUUCAUCAACCUGACCAGAGACGGCACCAUAUCAACACUGAGUGUGGACGGCGAGGUGAGUUCAGGAGCGGCGCCGGGUGCUAAUGACAUUCUGAACAUGGAUUCAAACUUCAUGUAUCUCGGUGCUACCCUCAGCAGUGAACCAGAGUCAGGCAUGUCUUCCUAUUCCCAAAGCAGCCUGGGAUUUGUGGGUUGCCUCGAUCAGAUCAUUAUUGACGGCACCGAGCUUCCUGUGUCAAUAACAGGGACGGCCUCCGGGGGCACGGUGCUCACGCGCCUGGCCAACGUGGAGCUCCAGUGUCCAGGCGUGCUGCCCUUGGCCGGUGUGUGUGGCUCCUACCCUUGCCAGAACGCUGGGACAUGCAUAGAAAAUGAAGGUUCUUAUAAGUGCAAUUGCCCUCCACGCUUUACCGGAGCACAGUGCCAGGUGGACACGGCUCCCUGCUCCUCCUCACCCUGUCUUAAUGGAGGCAAAUGUAUCAUUGUUGGCCACACCUAUAAGUGUCAAUGUCCUUCAAAACUGAGUGGAAAACGUUGUGAAUAUGGCAUUUUCUGCAACCCAAACCCUUGUCAGAAUGGCGGUCGCUGUGAGGAGGGUGCCGAUGGGCCUAUAUGCAAGUGCCAACACUUUACCGGUGCAAUGUGCCAGCUGGACAUUGAUGAGUGUACCCGCAACCUUUGCCAGAGCGGGGGAACCUGCCUCAACUUUUUUGGUGGGUUCAAGUGCAUAUGUUCCUCCAAUGUUACCGGUGAAUUCUGCACAGAGGCCGUUAGGAAGCCUGAAGAGCCGUCCUCCCUGAACAUCACCCUAGAGGAGCUGCUGUGCAUCCUGGCCGUGUUCCUGGGGUGCGUGAUGGCCGUGCUGCUGCUGGGGGCCUGGCAGCGGUGGCGGUGGAGCCACAAGCGUCACCAGCAGAACAACCGCGUCAAGCUCACGGACCACCACGUGAAGAACGACCUCAAGGCGAAUGACGCAGCCAAAAGAAACUCCAAAAUCUGCAACGUGGAGGCAGACCAGCAGGGGCCGCCGCUGCCCCCCCGCCUGGCCUCCUACACACCCAGCGGCAAUAACUCCGCCAUUCUCAACACCCUCAAGCACCUGCCGGACCUCUCUGCUGCGGGACACGAGAGUCUUGAGCUGGAGACACUUUCACGAUGCUCCCACGAGUUCCUCCACAGCCUUAAAAAGCCCGUGGUCAUGCUGCCCAUCCUCUCCCCUCCGCCGCCCUCCAACAGUGACUCCGACUCUCUCCACAAGCCCUGGGACCACCACAACAACCUCAACGACUCCUACUUCAUGCCCAUCAAGGAUGUGGGCUGUGACCUGGUGACCAACCUCGGCGAGACCCACACCUCCUCGGCCCGGCAGUCUCCAUUUUCAGACGAUUCUUCAGGCUACCACUGGGAUGACUAUGACAUGCGCGGCCCACACACGUUGGUGGGCUGCGGUGGCGAGGGGGCCACAGCCGCCCCACCAGACUUGCUGAUGCUGAGCCAGGGCACCUCCCUCUUCCAUGGAGACGACCCCAUGGAGGGAACGCCACUGCUGCCAUGCUCUGCUGCCACACCCCUGCUGAGUGUGGAUGCCCGGGGCGGUCCAGACGGCCGGGACACACCAGACGGUGACGAGGACAAUAAUGAUCCCUGCAGCUUUGAGGAAAUACUCCUGGCAAAUAAUAUAUCUGUUGACUCAUGCCAAGACCUGACUCUUGAUCAUUCGUCUAAAUACAACAUUGUCUCGGACCUUGAAGAUGACUGCCCAGAGUCAGCCCUGAAGAUAUCCAACAUGCCUUCUGUCGUCGAGGACGCCAACAGGCUCGGCAGCCCCAGGAGCCGCCGCCCCUUCCACUGCAGAGACUACAGCUGCGUGUCGGACCUGUCCUUCCUCUCCGCCCUGGAGGAGGAAGGCGUUGACAACUCAAUGUCUGAACUCCAGGAAUCUGACUAUGAGCUGCUGGAUAGAGUCAGUGAGCCCCUCACACCCACACUGGUGCAGACUUCCCUCUCAGAAGUGUUUCUAUAG